UAACAUAUGACAGUUGUCAAAUUUAAUUUUUACAGUUUUUACUAGACCUAUUUUAAAAAUGAAAUAAUUUUCAAAGAUAUUAUAAACCAUUAAUUACAAAGAUGUAUUAUUGAUGUAAUCUAUUCAAUUAUAACAUAGCAGUCGGUAAAAUUUCAAAUCAUGCCACAGAGAUCUAAUGAAAUAAAUGUAUCUAGAGCGGCUCCCCAUUAUCUACAUGAGCUACCCCAAGAGGAUGAAGAGAGAUUGGAAAAGUUAUUUAUUAAACUUGAUAAAAAUGGAAAUGGAAAAAUUGAUAUACACGAUCUAACGGUUGCGUUACAAGAACAUGGGAUGCAUGAACGUUAUGCAGAGAAAUUUAUUAAAAACAGUCGAACAUCAAGUGAAUUUCUAUCCUUGGCUGAUUUUAUAUAUUACGUGAGAGAACAUGAGAAGAAUUUACGGUUACAUUUUUCCAGUAUGGAUAAGAAUAGAGAUGGGAAAAUUGAUCUGGAGGAGCUUAUUAGGGCAUUCUGUGAUUUAGGAAUACCAUUGGAUCGAAGUGAGGCAACAAAUUUACUCCAAAGAAUGGAUCAAGAUGGCAGUCUGAAUAUUAGUUAUGAUGAAUGGCGGGAUUUUCUACUCCUUGCCCCAAGUAAUAAUAUUCAAGAUCUUAUUACUUACUGGAGACACUCAACUUAUUUGGAUAUUGGAGAGGAUAUGAACAUUCCUGAUGACUUUACACAAAGUGAAAUGCAAACUGGUAUGUGGUGGCGUCACUUAGCAGCAGGAGGAGUAGCAGGAGCUGUUUCUAGGACGUGUACGGCCCCCUUGGAUAGGCUUAAGGUGUUUCUUCAGGUCCAGCCGUCUAAGCAAAAGAUUGCAGAUUGUAUGCAAUGCAUGAUUAAGGAAGGUGGAAUUAGUGGACUUUGGAGAGGAAAUGGCAUAAAUGUAUUAAAAAUCGCUCCAGAAUCGGCGAUAAAGUUUGCCGCUUAUGAACAAAUCAAGCGCUUAUUAAAGGGUGACUCAAAAAAUAGUCUGACGAUAUACGAAAGGUUUUGUGCUGGGGCUAUGGCUGGGAGUAUCAGCCAGACAGCUAUCUACCCCUUAGAAGUUUUAAAGACCCGAUUAGCUUUACGGAAGACUGGCCAGUAUAAAAGUAUUGCUGACGCAGCGUACAAAAUUUAUGUCAGAGAGGGUCUAAUGAGUUUUUAUCGAGGUUACAUUCCAAAUAUUCUAGGCAUUGUUCCAUAUGCCGGAAUCGAUUUAGCGGUUUACGAAACAUUAAAGAAGAAAUACUUUAAGACUCAUUCAACUGACGAACAGCCAAGUUUUUGGAUGCUUUUAGCUUGCGGUAGCGCUAGUAGCACUCUAGGACAAAUGUGCUCUUAUCCGUUAGCGUUGGUUCGCACCAGAUUACAAGCCCAAGUAUUACAUCCAACUAUUGACCCUGGAACCGCUACAAUGACGGGUGUUUUUAAGACUAUCCUGGAGAAAGAAGGUAUUUUUGGUCUUUAUAGGGGUAUAACUCCGAAUUUUAUUAAGGUUAUGCCAGCAGUAAGUAUAUCGUAUGUGGUCUAUGAAUAUUCAAGUCGAAUGUUAGGGGUAAAUAUGACGUGAUGCAGGUGCAUGUUAGGAACAAAUUACAUUAUUUAUUAUAUUUAUUUAAAGAAUCUAUCUCUUAAUCUUUAAAAGAUUGCAAAUAGAGGUGAACAAUUUUUAACUUUUAAAUACUCUCAAGAUUCUCUGAUGAAACUAAGGUUAAUUAGUUAUUUUAAUAUAAUAUACUUCUGACACCAAAUAGAAUAUUUAAGAAGCUUUACAAACUGCAUUUUCUCGAACAUCUCUUUAAUAUAUCACUCCUUUUAAGUGUUAAUGGAGUUGCUUGCGUUUUACUACCAACACUUAUAUACAUUUAACUUCUUUAAGUUUAAGUAAAAAUGUAUUUUAGUAAAUCAAAUAAAUUUAUGUAGUAUUGUAAACAUAUCUUAAAUUGGUCAUUUAGAAUUCAUUAAAGGGGUAUUGAAGUCUGUUGUCAACAUUUGGCAUAAUAUUUUGACAACUAGGUCAAAAUUAUGAAGUGAUCGAGUUGAACUAAUUCAUAUUAAUUUUUAUAUCCCAGCAUAGUAAAUUUUAAUAAAAUUUAAAAUUCAGAUUUAGAGUCCAAACGUUGAAGCGUUACUAUAUAAAUUUGAAGAAAUUCUUUAUUUUCUAUGUUCUCAGAUAAAUAUUUAUAUAUUAAAUUUAUAAAAUAAUUCUCAGUAAAGAUUUUAUUAUAUUUAAAACAAUUUUUAAUUGGUGCUAGUUUAAUUUUUGCUACCCUUGGUUCGGUGAUAAAUGAAAAUAAAGACUGUCCAACGAGUCAGGGAGAGUUCGACACAACAGCUGUCACUGUCAGGUAUCCUCUCGUCGGAUAGAUUUUAGUUGUGUAAGUAAACAAGCAACUUCAAUGACUAAUAAUAUGAUAAUUGUUACAAGAAUGUAUUCCAAGAUUAAAUGUGAUUGUACUUAAUAUUUUUAAAAUAUUUAUUAUGUUAAAUUAGUGUAUUUACAGAUUAAAUAAAUGAGUUUCAA